AUGCGACUCAUCUUCGUCUGUCAAUCUCUUUGGAUUUUUUCAAUUUGCCUGGUCAAGAUCUCGGUCGCCCUUCUCUUGUUACGCAUCAAGCAAACACGCACAUGGCGCAUCUUCCUCUACGGUACAAUCGUACUACUCAUUCUCACAGCCAUGACAUCAACGUUGUUCCAGUUUCUGCAAUGCCGGCCUUUCAGUAUAUACUGGGAUCCCAGCGUCUUCCUGAAAGGCGGUGUGGAAUGUGUACCCCAGGAGCUUAGAACAGGGAAUAUCGUCGCUGCGAGUGCUGUGCACGUUUCUACAGACCUCAUCUUUUCCUUUAUACCGAUAACCUUCAUUCGAAAACUACAUCGACCGCGCGGCGAGAAGAUCUUCCUAGGCGUACUAAUGGGUCUUGGACUGUUCGCUUCAUCGUUCGCUGUUUUACGUGUCGCUGGUGCGAACAUGAUAUACACAUCUCGCGACAUUUUCCGAAUAACGGUUAUGCCCACUCUGUGGUCGAUGCUGGAACUCGAACUUGCGCUGAUCGCUGCUACUGUCCCGACGCUCAAGAGCUUCGUGCAGAAGAGUUUCAUGAGUAUUGGUCGUUUCUUCUACGAUGAGAAGACCGAAACGCAGGUGCGAAACCGGCUUGUGGAGCUGGGCUUCCUUGAUGCGAAUAACGAUGAGUUUGUGGAGAUGGGGCGGAAGCUGUCGAAGCCAGAUAUUGGUGGUGAUGUUGAGACAUUCGGAAGUGCGCAGAGAUCGCGGAAAAGAAAAGACGAAUACGCGAUGACGGUCGAUGAUCGUACUGUAUCGGAAAGUGAGGGUCAUGGAAACACGCGAAAUUUGCGGGCGUUUGGGCCUUGA